AUGGGUAAAGGGUUCAAAGACAUUCACAUCUCCUUUGUCGGUAGUCACGAAUAUAGUGACAAAAUACCGCAAUGGGUCAAGGCCCAUGGAGGAACGUUCUCUCGAGAAAUGAAUGAGAAUGUCACCCAUCUAAUUGCGAGUGAAACUGCCGUUAAGAAAAAUGUACACGCCGUACGGCAAGCCAGAGAUCUGCACAUCAACCUCGUGAACUACGACUGGCUCGAAGACUCGCUACUAGCCAAGCCAGUUAGACCAAUACGAGUCGGUCCGUAUCUCUGGGAUCGGAUCCAGAAAGAAAAACCCGAGAAAGCCGAGAAGCUCGAGAAGCAAAAAGGCAAACCGGGGAGGAAGCCCGGCCAGAAAAACGCGCCUAAACAAGGAGGAGAGGUAGAUGCCGAAGAAGUGGGAUACCACUUGUACGUUGACGACACAAGCGGAUCAACAUACGAUGCAACUCUUGUUCGUUCCUACCUCGCUAAAACUCGUAUUUUCAAAGAAACUUUCGUCAUAGCAGUUUACGAGACCAACGACGUGCCCAAGAAAUAUACAACAUUCGUCAAGCACAGCCGCGCCAGAGCAUCGCACAAGGAUAUCUUGGCUCCCCGUGGAAGCACCCUCGCAUUCGCGACGUUCACAUUUGAAAAGUUUUUCAAAAUGAAAACAGGUCUGGAAUGGAAGGACCGUUUUGACGAUUCAAAAGUGCCGCCUGAAGCUGGCACUGUGGGUGAUGGAGGCCCAAUUAAACCCGAAGGAGGGUGGUUUGUGUUCAAGAGGCCGGGUGGAAUUAUGGGCAGUUUGAAUGUCGAUGCCGAGAGAAAAGUGUCAACUGAAUGA